AUGCCUCUCUCAUACCAACAGGAAGUCGCGCUGGCGGUGGUACCAAAAGUUUCCAGCGUGUUCUCUUUGUUUGGGAGUAUUUGGAUCAUUGUGGAAGUGGCAACCGAAAAGACCAAACGGGGAGUCCCUUAUCAUCGAUUGUUACUAGCCAUGAGCGUAUAUGAUGUUUUAGAGAGUGUGUGGAAUUUCUUGAGCACCUGGCCCAUUCCAAAGGGAAGCCCUGAUGUGAUUUGGAACUUUGGAAAUACUGGAACUUGCACUGCACAGGGCUUCUUUUUGACACUCAGUUCGGCAGUUCCUUUGUACAACGCAAUGCUGAGUUGGUAUUACGUAUUGGUGAUCAACUACAACUACUCGGACACCAGGUUGCGAGGGUUUGUGGAGCCAGCUAUGCACACAUUUUGCUUUGUUUGGGCAUUCGGAACUGCUCUGUACUCUGCUUUGGCCGGUCUUCUCAAUAAUGCUGACUUGUGGUGUUGGAUUGCGCCUCUGCCAGCGGAUUGCAAAGACUCUUGGACCCAUGGGAGUGGCCCAGAGAAUGACAACCCUUGUAUACGGGGGGACAAUGUAUGGAUCUAUCGCUUUGGGUUUUACUUUAUUCCAUUAUGGAUGAGUAUUGCUGUCGCAACGGUUAGUACUUAUAUGGUAUGGAAGUAUGUCUUUCAUCAAGACAAGAAAACAUUACGAUACCGACGUCCACAACGGACAAUGAGUCUUUGGAAGAAUGGGAUGAAAUCCUUCCGAAAUGAUGUGAAAAAGAGGUUUUCCCCUGCUGUUCCUGUAUCCGGUGGUUCCAAUCUAGGUCAAAUAGUGGAAUCAGAUGCAGAAGAAGAGGAAGUUGGAGAUGAACAUGAAAAAGGGAAAGAGAGUCACCCGUCUGUCCAAAAAAAGGAAUUGUUAGAUGCCAAUAAGAAAGCAACAAGUCCCGACAGGAGCUUGGGCGCACUGUCAAAAACUAAGGAAUUGGAUGCGGUGGGCGAUAUUCCCGGUGCCUACGGUGUGUCAUCUGCUCCCCCGGAUCGAAAUUCCGGGGGCAGCCAUUUGCUCGCCAAGGACCGAAAGGAUCCAUCAAGUCUGGGAUUGCGGUCCGUACCAGAAAGUUCCGAAGGCGUGUAUCAUCAUUCCGACGACAUGUCAAAGCAGCGGUCAUCCCUCGAGGAUAACACUCCACACAAUUUGAAACACAGCAUGAGGGAGCUUUCGGAAGACCGUCAACCAACGGGUGCUUGGUCCCUAUCCAUGAAGCGGUUGGAGAGGAGCCAGUCCAGCAGUGUCCGAUCGAUAGAGUCCUGCGACAUUUCCGCAGCCCAGGACGAAUUGGCCAAGCGCAAGCAAAAGGCGGAGUCGGAAGCCAAUGAACGAAUUGAACGACGGGAAGCCAAGAAGGCAAAUGGCCUCUUGGCGCGAUGGAAAGAAUGGAAGGAAAAACGAGAGCAAUAUGCCCAGGAUAUGCCACACACGGUCGAAGUCUUUCAUCAAGCUUGUUUUUAUUUGGGAGCCUUUUACUGCACACAUGUCUGGUCCACUACCAAUCGGAUCGUCCAAACUAUAACCGGUGGCGACUCGGUCUUUUUUCUAUUGGUCAUGCAUGCCUUCUUCGAUCCCUUUCAAGGAUUUCUAAACUAUUUGGUGUACCAACGACCGCGAUACAUUCAAAUGCGAAAAAAGUUUCCCGACUUGAGCGUUUGGAAAAUUUGUUUGGUGAUUCUUCGAUUCUCGUACAUGGGCGAGUAUGUGAUACCGCCAAUUCAAUCAUCGACAGAGGCAUCGGAGUAG